ACAUUUCCCAUAAUUACCCCUAAGACGCCCAUUGGUGGGGGGGGAAGCCAUGGGAACCUGCCGCCCUGGUGUGAGGCGGGGCGCGCUCAUUCCAGGCCUGAGGGGGCCGAGACCGAGAAGCUUGCGGAAAAGGACUGCUGGCCCCGCCCCUCGGACCCUACCCUUCUGAGGCCGGCGUUUCCCGCUCUGAGGGGUCCUGUGCCGCCGCCGCGGCCGCCACCUGGUUUCUUCAGGCUCCAGGUUUCCCUGCUAACCACGAGGAGUCCAGGGAGGAAAAGCGGAGCCUAGGUGCCAAUAACCCACACGUCCCGCGUCUCUUCCAGCCCGAGAUCGCCCCGGCAGGGAUGGGCGACAAGAUCUGGCUGCCCUGCCCGGUGCUCCUCCUGGCCACUCUGUUCUCAGUGCUGCUGCCGGCGGCGGCCGGCUUCACGCCCUCCUUAGACAGCGACUUCACGUUUACCCUUCCGGCCGGCCAGAAGGAGUGUUUCUACCAGCCCAUGCCCCUGAAGGCGUCGCUGGAGAUUGAGUACCAAGUUUUAGAUGGAGCAGGAUUAGAUAUUGAUUUCCAUCUUGCCUCUCCAGAAGGAAGAACCUUAGUUUUUGAACAAAGAAAAUCAGAUGGAGUUCACACGGUAGAGACUGAAGAUGGUGACUACAUGUUCUGCUUUGAUAAUACAUUCAGCACCAUUUCUGAGAAGGUGAUUUUCUUUGAAUUAAUCCUGGAUAAUAUGGGAGAACAGGAGCAAGAACAAGAGGACUGGAAGAAAUAUAUUACUGGGACAGACAUGUUGGACAUGAAACUGGAAGACAUCCUGGAAUCCAUCAACAGUAUCAAGGCCAGACUAAGCAAAAGUGGUCAUAUCCAGACUCUGCUUAGAGCAUUUGAAGCUCGUGAUCGAAAUAUACAAGAAAGCAACUUUGAUAGAGUCAAUUUCUGGUCUAUGGUUAACUUAGUGGUAAUGGUGGUAGUGUCAGCAAUUCAAGUUUAUAUGCUAAAGAGUCUAUUUGAAGAUAAGAGGAAAAGUAGAACUUAAAACUUUAGAGUAAUUAACAUUGGGGGAAAAAAAGACAGAAAAAUGCAAUACACUUAUAAUCAAGACCAUUAAUAGUCUUUCCAAAAAAUGUUUUCAGGCAUUACCACAAGUGUGAAACAAGUAUAAUUUUAAGGUGAAAGGAGUCUUCACUUUCGUCUGUGCAAGUAAUCUUAUUGCUUCAGUUGUACUUAAGUGUAUAACAAAUAUUUCACAGAGUAUAGGUAUAAUUGAAUGAAGCCAUAUUUAUCAGCAUUUUCCUAAGUUUGAAAAAGUUUUGCAAAUGUCAUAGGUGAUUUAAAUAAAUGAACUUUGGGCCUAAAUGCAACACCAAACAUUGUUUUUAAAAGACUGUCUUACCUAGAAGUUUCUUUGUAAAUGUGGCAAUUACAAAUUAGAAUUUUUCAGUAUAUUGAAGUUUCUUUGUAAAUGUGGCAAUUAUAAAUUAAUUGUAUAAUUUUUCAGUAUAUUAAAUUAUAAAUCAUCUGAGAAUUACCUAAUCAUGGAUUGGAUAUAUCUUUAGAAGACAAAAACUCAACUUUUCUUUUUACAUAUAUAUUUCUCCUGUAAUGUAAAUAGAAGCAUAGCUGUGAAAAGCAGAUUUGUGAGAUUUUUAUAACCAAAUAUAUUUCAACUUAAAAUAUUAGCAAAAAGUAUUAAAUACUUCACUUAUAUUCCCCAAAGGCCAACAUUUUAAUAAUAUUUAAAAAUGCUCAGUCAUUAUUAAAAUUGGAACAGAUUUUCUCUUUGAAAUGAAAUAGCUAAAGGCUGCUCACAGUCUCCAUAAGGACACAUUUGGUCUAGUCCUUAACUCAGAACUAGAAUUUUGAAAUUAAAUGUGAGGGAAAAUAAUUUUAUUUUUAUAUUACCUAUCAGCAGUGUCGUUAGUUUUAACAUGAUUACUGACUUGGAUAAUACAUUAUUACCAGCAGUUGUGAAGGAAAUACUGCUUAAAAAUCUGGGCCUUACAUAAAUAAGUAUCUCCUUUUCUGAGUUCUCAAAAUCAGCAACAACAAUCAAUAAAAGAAGAAUUUAGGUAAGCUUGAGAACAUCUGAUGAAAAUUAAGUUCACUUAAAUAAACUGUAAGUAUCUGGAAUCUGAUUGGUUCAUCAUAAUGACCCAAUCCUAAUAUCAAUCAUGAGACUAAAUUCCAGGUAACUGAAGAAACUAUACUUGGCUAGGGUUUUAUUUUUUACAGUUGUUUUAUUCUGUUUUGAAUUGUCUAAGUAUUCAGGUACAUUUUAUGAAACAAACUCUACUGUAAGGUUUAGCACUGGGUACAUACAUUACAAUUGUUAUAACUUUCAUUAAAUGACCUUUCUGAUCACUUUAUUUAUUGACAUUCAAGUAAGGAUUUGAAAGCCCACAGAAUCCCAAAUUUAAAGUGGUAUGUGAAUAACUCUAUGUAAAGUCUCUGCCGUCCUUGCUUAUUGCAAUCUGGGGAGUAUUACUUAAAUACUAGUAAUUUAGCUACAACAUGAAUUAAGUAGAAUUUUUAGGUUAUGCCCAUUUGUAAUAUUAAGACAAAUAUGAGAAAUCAACUUAAAAAUUUGAGUAUAGAACCUCUCUGUACAUUAGUACUGCUGGAAUUCUUAAUAAGCAGUGAUAUUGAGAGAAUGGUUUCAUUUACUAAUUUACAGUCAGAGUGGUACAAAAAGAGAUUUAUUUCCCUCCUUCUUAUCCCCUUGGGAGAACAAAAAGAUUACCUAUCCCUACUACGAAGCUUUUAAAAAAUGAGGUAAAUGCCAUAUAUAAUUGAUUACCUUAACUGGCCAAGAAAAUGUUUAAGUGUCCAGGAGUGGUGCCUACAAUACAUGCAAAACAAGGGCCAACAAUCACCUGUGAAGAGACCUCCCGUUCCCCCCUUCUGUUAAACUCAUUAUGAGAAGCAACCUUACCAUACUAUAACUAAUAAAACAGUACAGAUAUAAACUACUGCAUCUUCUUUAUAAAACUGUGAUCAAGAAUUCUACCUCUGGCUGGUUACUGUACUAUACUCUUGAUUCCUUACCUAACAAUGAACUUGUUACAUUAUCUACAGAUGAUUUGUGCCACUGAUUUUAAACCUAUGAUUCAGUAACGUCUUAUAAUGGCCUUAUCUAGAAAAAAGGAACUUAGGAAUAUUGAGGACAUAAUUUUAUUUUUUAUAGGCACAAAAUGAAGAGUGGGAUUAAGAAGGAUGUUACUUGUAUUAACCAAAAAUAUAAUUAGCAAAGAACUAAAUUCUUUAAUAUUUCUAUAGGCAUAUAGUUUAUCUGCCUUAUGUUUUUUUAAAUGUCAGUACUCAAUUUUGAAAUUAAAAUUACGCUAAAAUUAAGCAACUUAUCACUUAAUGACUGAUUUUGUCUUCAGUUUUUAGUUAUAUAAACUCUUAAAAUAUAUUUAAGGCCUAGAGUUUUACUCUUAUUUGCAUUUGGGUCAUUAAUGAUGUGCUGUUCUUUCAUGUGAAUGUCAAGGUAUAGAAGGCAAUUAAGUGGUUGAAAUAGCAUGGAAAUAAAUUACAAAUUCAGAUGUAAUUUUGUUAAGUAUUUUUAUCCUUAAAUAUUGUUACUGUCUUAAAAUUAGCAAAAAUUGAGUACCUGUAAUUGUAAGCCUAAGUACUUUAUCUUCAAUUUUUUAAAAGAUUCAGCAUGUAAUAACUUUUCAUCUUAAUAUGCAAUCAGCAUUGCUCAAAUUGCUUUAUAGUUGUGAAUAGCCAUAUUAAAUGAGCAAUGAAUACUGUUCUGAAUAUAUAUAAUAAAAUUUACAA